AAGCAAACUCUUUGUUUUUGAUUUUCAUAAAAAACCAGAAAUUGAUCGAGAGAGAACAUGACGAGCCGUCUUUGGUUGGUUAUGAUUGGAACCUUUGCCGUUAUAGUUGGAGCCCAGAAACAAGAAGGGUUCAUCAGUUUGGAUUGUGGGUUACCUAGUGGUGAAUCUCCUUAUGACAAUCAGGUAAAUGGAUUAACAUUCACAUCAGAUUCCAAUUUCAUCCAGACUGGAAAAAUUGGGGAAGUCCAGAAAGAUGCCGACAAAGGAUUCUUAAGACAGUAUACGACUAUGAGAUACUUUCCAGAAGGAAAACGUAAUUGUUAUAGUCUGGAUGUCAAGCGUGGCACAAAUUACCUCAUCAUUGUUACCUUCGUAUAUGGAAAUUAUGAUGGUCGUAAUCUUGAACCAAACUUCGAUAUCUAUCUUGGUACUGAUAAGUGGACAAGAAUAGAUUUGGAAGGAACGCCAUAUGGUACGAGACAGGAGAUCAUACACAAAGUUCAGACAAAUUCUUUGGAUAUUUGUCUUGUUAAAACAGGAAUAACCGUGCCACUAAUUUCAGCAAUAGAACUACGGCCACAGAGAAAUGAUACUUAUGUUACACAUUCUGGUUCACUAAGAAUGUCUUUCCGUGAGUAUCUUACCAAUACAACCGGGCAAAUAAGGUAUCCUGAUGAUAUUCAUGAUCGUGUUUGGUUUUCAUGGUUCGACGACCCUUAUUAUAAGGAAGUAACGACCAGUCUCAGUAUAAACAACUCAGAUACAUAUGAUAUACCAAAAACUGUACUUAAAAGUGCUGCCACGCCUAGAAACGCCACUGAGCCAUUGUUCAUCAACUGGACACCAAGACCCUCUAAUGCUCAAGUGUACUUUUACCUUCACUUCGCCGAGAUACAAACCCUUGAAGCCAACGAAACGAGGGAAUUCGAUAUUAUCUUUGGAGAAAACUUCAACCAUUCAGGUUUUCGUCCACUCAAGCUACAGCUAAGUACAGUAUACACUGAUGCUCCAGUGCAAUGUGAUUCAGGAGGUUGCAGUUUACAGCUAGUACGAACUUCGAAGUCAACUCUUCCACCUUUGAUCAAUGCCAUUGAGGCGUACACGGUUAUGGAAUUCUCACAACUGGAAACAAGCCUAAGUGAUGUUUCUGCUAUCAAGAAUAUCAAAGCUACUUAUCAGCUAAGUAAAAUCAGUUGGCAAGGAGAUCCGUGUCUUCCUCAAGACUUGGGGUGGGAAAAUCUAAGAUGCACUUAUGCAAAUGUCUCCACUCCACCAAGAAUCACUUCCUUGUAAGACCAUUCACAAACACAGUCUCUAAUUUAAAACUAACAUAAUAUAUCUAUUUGGAAGGCCACCCGUGAGUUUCAAAGUGCUUUUGUUCUUGUAUAAUUAGAAAUUUGUCAGAAAGUGGCUUAACGGGGACCAUAGCUCCAGUUUUACAGAACCUGACGCAAUUAAAAGAACUGUAAGUAU